GAUGGGGAGUAAGCACUCACGUCAACGACCAGCUGUCACCAUACAGUUUCACUCGGAAGAGCUGGCGGAGAUCGAUGGAUUGUUCGCUGCCAUAACAGGGGGCUUGGAGACAAUAUCCAAUGGAAAGACCAAGAGAACUUUUCCAAUCCCUAUCAAUUCUGACAUGCUACAGGCUUAUGCUGGGGAAGCUUUGCCUGAGAAGAUGGUAAUCAAGUUGUAUGAUGCAAUGAGGAAAACUGAACCUAACGGCAGUAUAAGGAACCCUAGUGAAUACGUCUCAAAGGAACAGUUUGUGAAUUUGUUGUCACAGGCAUUAAAAGGAAAAGUAGGGGAUAAGAGCCUAGUGAUCCAGAAAAUGCUGAAUGUCACUCCUGAAAAAAUGAAAGUGUUCCACGUCAAAGAGUUUACAGAGGAUCUGAUUAGCUCUGUAGUCCAUGUGCUGGAUUUCAGAAAUGAACUGAAAGGUUGGAUUAUGAACAAAAGUGAAGAUAUGACUUCUACUGUGAAGGCCUUGGCUGAACAACUGCUCUUACCUCUGAAACAAAAAGAGAAGAACUCAGGAGAAGAGAGGAGUGAUUGGGAUUUUGAUGGUGAAGGAAAACGAAGGCAAGAGCGAUUUUUGGAAUGCACCGAUGGCAGUUGUAUCGAGGAAUGGCUGUUUAAAGUGCCCCAGAUCAACAUCUUUUUAAAUAUGAUCAUCAGGCGUGGAUUCCUUGUUUUGAAUUCUCAAGGAGAGUUUUCCAAUUUCAUCCCAGAGUGUAAAGAUGCCAAAGAAUUAAAGAGCCUCCUUAACAUUCCUGCCAUUAUUUACAUCAACACUCACCUGCCUUUAAAUUUGCAGCAGUCAUGGAGACUGGUCUAUUCUUCUCAUAUUCACGGCCUCAGCUUUACCCAGUUUUGUGCGAGUAUUAUAGACAAAGGUCCCUGCUUAUUGGUGAUAAAGGACUCUGAUGGCUUUAUAUUUGGUGGCUUUUCCUCUCAUUCAUUGGAGCUGAAGAGCCAAUUUCAAGGGGACUCCAGAUGCUUCCUGUAUACCAUUUCUCCCAACAUUGCAGUGUAUAAAUACAGUGGAUACAAUGAUCAUUAUAUGUAUUUAAAUAAUGGACAGCAUACUAUACCAAAUGGAUUGGGUAUGGGAGGUCAAUUUGAACAUUUUGGGCUUUGGAUUGAUUCUGAUUUUGGGAAAGGACACAGCAAAGCAAAUCCAAGAUGUUCUACUUACAAUAGUCCUCAACUAUCAGCCAAUGAAAACUUUCAUUUGGAAGCCUUAGAGGUAUGGGCACUUGGGAGUUUCGUGCCUACCAGGUUAUCCAAAAAGAGGAGUGUUCUGGAUCCUGAAAAGGAUGUGCACACCCUGUUAGAAAUGAUUGGGAAAAGACAUUACUCUGAUAUACGAAGAAGAAGGUCAAAUUUAGAAGAGGAUUCAGAGGAUUAA